AUGAAUCAAAGCGUUUAUCUAUUGUUCAUACUUAUUAGCUCAACAUUUGCAGCUACGACAUCAUAUAGUACAGUACAAACUAGUACAACAGCAGCAACAACAACUAAAAUAUAUCUGAGCACAACAGCAACAACUCAAAAAGAUCUAAGCACAACAACAAUUACCAAAAAUGAUCUGAGCACAACAGCAACUGCUCGAAAAGAUCUAAGCACAACAGCAACAACUCAAAAGGAUUUGAGCACAACAGCAAUCCAGAAAGAUCUGAGCACAACAGUAAUAACUAAAAAUGAUUUGAGCACAACCGCAGCUACCCAGAAAGAUCUGAACACAACAACAAUAACCAAAAAUGAUUUGAGCACAACCGCAGCUACCCAGAAAGAUCUGAACACAACAACAAUAACCAAAAAAGAUCUGAAUACUACAGCAAUAACAGAAACAACAUCUUUAACAACACAAAUUUCAGAAGUUAGUACAAUACCAUUACCUACAUCUUUAAAUGAUAAAAUUGAUUAUCAAAUUUAUCAGACACGUUUAUUAACCGAUAUUGCUGAAGAAAAUCGUGUUGCACUUAAACGUCUUACAAUAAUGAUGUCUCAUUUGUUGGAUAAUAAUACGCAGACAACAACAGAUUAUACAAUUAAUGAAGAAAAACAACAUAUUAAACCUUUACAACAUGUUGACAAUGUUACUAAACCAGAUGAGCAUACAUUACAUGUAUCAUUUGGUGUUGAUACAGAUCCGGAUCAAUAUCCAUGGGCUGUAGCAUUACAGGGAAACGAUCGUGAUCGUUGUGGUGGUACAUUAAUUGAUAAUCAACAUGUUCUAACUGCUGCUCAUUGUAUUGGUAUUCGUUAUACGACUGUACGUGUAGGUAGUCAUAAAUAUAAUGAAGGUGAACUAGUAAAACCUAGUUUCUAUUGUGUUCAUCAUGCAUAUUCAUCAUCAAAUUAUUAUCGAAAUGAUUUAGCAAUAAUACGUCUUGCUAAACCUGUACCUGUUCUAUCACCACCAAAACGUGUAUCAACAAUUGAUAUAUGUAAUUCAAAUAAUAUUAAAAAUGCAACUGUAUCAUCGAAUACAGCUGAUUAUUGGAUGGUUGGUUGGGGUUUAAAAAAUAAAAAUAUUAUACCAGAAGCAUUACAACAUGCUCAAGUGGCUUUAACUGAUAAAUCAAAGUGCUUAGGAUCAAAUAGACAUACAGACGUAUGUGUUCAAAGUCGACCAAAUACCAGUCCGAUGGGCGCAUGUUCUGGUGAUAGUGGUAGUGGAUUAUUUCAAUAUACAAAAUCAACGGAUCAUUGGUGUGUACUUGCUGUUGCUAGUUCAUCCAAUAGUGAUAUUUGUGAAGAGACACAGUUUUCAAACUAUGUUCAAGCAACAAGUCCAGAUUAUACUGAAUGGUUUAAAAAUGUAUUAAAUAAAAAAAAAGCUUUUGAUGAGUUACAAAAAGCACAAAAAUGUAAACUACAUACAAUAGGACAAGAAUUCUGUCUACGUUUACCGUGUUAA